UCCCUUCCCCUCAUCCCUCAAUGCAGACAGCUGCAGCCAAUCAACAUCCGCUGCUCAUUGUGUACCAACAGAGCAUCGUGCGCCCUGCAGCUUUUAAAUAGUCCCGCAUCCAUGUGACGAGCAGAGCAGGCCAGAGCGGAGAGACAGCAACAAUAUCCUUCCAACCUAAACUAACACGCAGACUUUGACCAUCAUAACUCGACCAGAACCACUGAGUGAUGACUUCCACCAGGCGCAGAGAGUCGGUUUGCAGGAGUCUGUUUGGCCCGGUGGACCACGAGCAGCUGCGCCGGGACUUGACGCUGAAGCUGAGGGAGAUGACUGAGCAGGACAGCCGCCGCUGGAACUUUAACUUCCAGGCUGACGUGCCUCUUCUCGGCAGGUUCGAGUGGGAGGAGAUGCCCGCGGACCGCGCUGCAGCUUUCUAUCAGGAGUCCGCACAGCUGAAGGACGCGCUCGGCCGUCCCAACACUGAGGAUGACGACAGGCUGAGCGACCGUGAAGGGAGCGCGGGGGCCGACCAGGAGAACUGCUCCCGCAUCUCCAACACGCACAAGUGUCCCGCUGAAGUGACGCCCGUCCGGAGGAAGAGGACGCUCUCCAAGGCGGCGGCGGCGGCGAAGCCCAGAGACAACGCGCGAAUUACAGACUUUUUCCCGAAGAGAAGGAGGACGACAGAGACCAAGAGCAUCCUGAAUCCUCCCCACACAAGUUCCUCCGAAGCAGCUCUGUGCAAAACUAUAAGAUGAAGCUGCUGCUGAAAAUGGAAGUUAUUUAUAUUUCUACAGUAAUUUUCAUGGACUGAACCAAAGCCCAUUCACUGCACCAAAGGGAUUUUAUUUUAUUUUAUUUUAUUUUAUUUAUUUUAUUAUCUUUUCAGUUGUAUCAUUUGUGCCUGACAUGACAAAGUGUUAUUUAUUUUAUUUAUGGAAACUUUUUUUUAAUUAUUAUUUAAUGUGUUUUCAUUUUCUUCACCAGUGACGUCACAAGUGUGUUUGUUAACUUAUCCAGUUGUGUGUUUUUUUUUAUUUUUUUUAUUUCUAUAUAUUUCAUGUGUUUGUCAACCUUCUUGGUGAAUGAAUGUAUUGUGCUGAGCUACUUGUGUUAAUUGUGUUACCUAUAUAUAAAAAGCACUAUAUGUUGUCCUGAACUAACUGAGAUGCAGAUCAGAAAGAUUGUAAAAUGUUUACAAAGUUGUAAUUUUAAUAAACUAUUUUUUUCAGAGUUACUAACUGUACUUCUUAUUUUGUGGUUGUUGCGUUUUCUUCAUGGGGAACUUUUCCAGUUCACUUACACACAAUAAUCCAUAUUCGCUUGUUGAUAAAUGCGAAUUCAUUAGUUAUUUGCCCCCAAACCUUUUUCAAUAUGGAGACGAUUCUUUACACAUUUGAUAGUAAACUCACUCCUAGAUACUUAAUCUUGAAUAAAAUGUGACAAAACAUUUCAGGAAGCUACGUCAGUUCAGGGUUUAGUUGUGCGUUAAUGUGCGACACGUCUCUUCUGCUUGGU